AAGUUGAGAGAAGUCACGGACACGCUCUCGGAGAAGUGGGAGGAGUCGGAUGAAAAGCCGGCGAUCGUGACGCUCAGUGUGUACGGGUUCGUCGGUCUCGUCGCGGCGAACGGUACGCUUCGCGCGGUGGACUCGUUGCCGCUCAUCCCGGACCUUCUCGAACUCGUCGGGAUCCUCUUCUCGGGUUUCUUCGUGUACCAGAACCUCCUCUACAAGCCCGACCGCGCGGCGUUGAAAGAGACCGUCACUAAGACCUUGAACAAGAUUUUGUAA